AUGAGAAUCCAAACGCCAAAAUUAGGGCACAAGACCCUCCUCUUCCUUCUGUGCUUCAUCGGGUUUCUCACUCCACACGACGUCGUCGCAGUUCAGAUUCUUUCCAAAUCGAAGCUCGAGAAGUGCGAGAAGACUUCCGAUUCUGGAAACUUGAAUUGCACCAAGAAGAUCGUCCUCAACAUGGCCGUUCCUAGCGGCGCGAGCGGCGGAGAGGCAUCGAUUGUCGCCGAAAUCGUAGAGGUGGAAGAGAAUUCAAGCCAAAAGAUGCAAAAUUUUCGAAUUCCCCCUGUUCUGACCGUCAACAAGUCCACGGCUUAUGCAUUGUUUGAGCUUACGUACAUACGAGAUGUUGCCUUUAAACCGGAAGAGUACUAUGUUAAGACCCGCAAAUGUGAGCGAGAUGCAGAUGCAAAAGUUGUGAAGAUAUUGGACUUCCGUUGCAUGUUCUGUAGGUUACGGGAUGAAAACGAUCACAUUAUUGAGCACACUGAGCCAAUCUGCUGUCCUUGUGGGCCUCAGCGGCGGGUACCUUCAUCAUGUGGAAAUGUGUUUGAUAAGUUGAUGAAGGGAAAAGCGAAUACUGCCCAUUGUGUCCGUUUUCCGGGUGAUUGGUUUCAUGUUUUCGGUAUUGGACAGCGGUCAGUGGGAUUCAGUGUUCUAAUUCAGGUGAAGACAGGAUCUAAAGUUUCGGAAGUGCUUGUUGGUCCUGAGAAUAGAACAGCGAUAUCCAAUGAUAAUUUUUUACGAGUUAAUCUUAUUGGAGAUUUUGUUGGAUACACAAAUAUACCAUCAUUCGAGGAUUUCUACCUUGUAAUUCCGAGGCAGGGGGGUCCUGGUCAACCCCAGAACUUGGGGAGGAACCUUUCUAUGUGGAUGCUGCUAGAGAGAGUAAGGUUUUCUUUAGAUGGUGUUGAAUGUAAUAAAAUUGGUGUCAGUUAUGAGGCUUUCAAUGGGCAGCCAAACUUUUGCUCUUCACCAUUCUGGAGUUGCUUGCAUAAUCAAUUAUGGAAUUUCUGGGAGGCUGACCAGAACCGAAUUGAAAGGAAUCAGUUGCCACUUUAUGGUGUGGAAGGAAGGUUUGAAAGGAUAAACCAGCAUCCAAAUGCAGGAACUCAUUCGUUUUCCAUAGGAGUCACUGAAGUUAUUAAUACUAAUCUCUUGAUAGAACUAAGUGCUGAUGACGUAGAAUAUGUCUACCAAAGGAGUCCUGGGAAAAUCGUAAGUAUCAAUGUCCCAACGUUUGAGGCCCUUACUCAAUUUGGAACUGCGACAAUCACAACAACGAAUACUGGUGAAGUGGAAGCAUCAUAUAGCUUAACGUUGGGAUUGUUAGUGAAGCUGCAAAUGAACUUAGAGACAGGUGAAUGGCUGUUGCAAUAUGUAGUUUCAGAUGUGAUGAAUUUUCCCGUCUUGCAGUUUGAUUGCUCUAGUGAUGUCACCCUCAUGGAGGAACAAUUCCUUAUUAUGAAGCCAAAAGAAACAACAAUGCGAGCCUUCAAACUUUACCCAGCAACUGAUCAAGCUGCAAAAUAUGUUUGUGCAGCUAUACUAAAGGACUCUGAUUAUAAAGAAGUAGAUAGAGCCGAGUGCCAAUUUUCUACAACAUCUACUGUUCUUGAUAAUGGAUCACAGGGUAAUCCUUUUAAUCCACCAAAGACAGGCACAGCCGGUUUCUUUGACUCUGUUGAAAGCAUUUGGAACAAUGUGUGGAAUAUUUUGGUAGAUUUCGUCACUGGAAAAACUUGCAGAAGGAAAUGCCCCAGGUUCUUUGACUUCCGGUGCCACAUACAGUAUAUAUGUAUGAGUUGGAUUGUGAUGUUUGGUCUACUUUUGGCAAUUUUUCCAACAGUGGUUGUGCUACUGUGGCUUCUACAUCAAAAGGGACUUUUUGAUCCUUUAUAUGAUUGGUGGGAAGAUCAUUUUUGGGAUAAUAAUCAGCACACCAAGGAUAUUCGGAAGCGCAGAAGUGACGUAGAACACUCGCACACUCAUGUUCAUAAACAUCAUGGGCAUGAAGCAAGAAACCACAAGCAUGGUUCUCAUCAUAAGCGAAGAAACAUUCACAAUGAUCACAGGCAUAACCAGUUCGAAAGAGGAAGCGAUUACUGCUACCAUCUCCACCAUGUCCACAAAGACAAGCCCAAGCAUGGGAGACGAAAGCAUUCAAGUAUUAUGCAGAAAGUUGAUGAAAAUACCGGAUACCACGGCCAUAAAAAAGAAAGGAGAAUAACAAAAGAUUAUUCAUAG